AUGGAAGGCCUUCCAGCUUCGGCGCCUACCUCAUCGUCAUCCUCGCAUGGAAGCAUCAGACCCGCCAUCAUUGAAUAUGCGAAACGAGAGCUCAUCGAUGUCCUAGACUCGGUUCGUGGAAAGAAGGCUCUCGUCCUAGAUCCAACUCUAAGUGGUCCAUUAUCGCUCGUCGCUGAAUUCUCCCUCUUGACGGAACAUGGUGUGGAAAAGAUCUACCAUCUACAAGGCGGACGGCUCGACACGGAAUCAAAAUCUGUCAUUUAUAUAUGCAGACCCAGGAUUUCGAAUAUGAAACAUAUCGCUGAACACAUAAAAGCCCACAUCAAGGCUGGCAUCAAAAUAGACUACUCUGUCUUCUUCGUGCCUCGACGAACCCUAAUCUGUGAACGUGUACUUGAAGACGAAGGUGUCUAUGGCGACAUAUCCAUGGGCGAAUACCAUCUAGAUAUUAUACCAUUAGACGAUGAUGUCUUCUCAUUGGAAUUGGAAGGAUCGUUUAGGGAGUUGUAUCUGGACGGAGACCCAUCAUGUAUAUACUAUACCGCAAAAGCAAUCAUGAAGCUCCAAACUGCAUUGGGAAUCAUACCCAAGAUUGUGGGGAAAGGCGGUCAAGCUCGUUUACUAGUCGACAUGCUGCAACGCAUGCGUCGAGACCUAGUCGCAAACGUAGACGACCCUGUCGCAUCCUCACGAGUCUUCCCGCAAGACUCGGAAAUCGAUUCAAUGAUUAUCAUUGAUCGGAGUGUGGAUUUACUGACUCCAAUGUGUACGGAGCUGACUUAUGAGGGACUGAUUGACGAGAUAUUUAAUGUUAAGAGCACAUUCGUCGAAUUGGACGCAUCACUCCUUGGGGUGCCACCUGCCACGUCUGCUAGCUCAACUACUGCACCUGUGACAGCCACUGCCAAGUCACGUAAAGUGGCAUUGAAUUCCAAUGAUAAGCUUUUCCAACAAUUGCGAGAUUUAAAUUUUGCUGUUGUUGGGGGCUUGUUGAGUCAAGUUGCUAGACGGAUUAACCACGAUUAUGAGGAGAGACACAAUGCUACAACCGUCACUGAGAUACGGAAUUUUGUUGGUCGAUUGGGUGGAUUGCAACAGGAACACCAGUCGUUGCGGCUGCAUACGAACCUCGCUGAACAAAUCACAAAGUAUACAUUGGAUCAAGACUUUAAUCGGAUGUUGGAAGUUCAGCAAAACUUUGUUGCUGGCAUCAUCAGCAACCCACAUAUCGACUACAUAGAAGAGUUAAUUGACAAGUCGGCACCACUAUGGCCUACCAUGAGACUAUUAUGUCUGUAUUCGUUGGUUAAUGGUGGCGUCAAGAUUAAGAAUUAUGAGUUCUUCAAGCGGGAAGUGAUGCAUACCUAUGGUUUCGAACACCUCCUCACCUUCCAAAACCUCUCGAAAACAGGUCUCUUCAAACGCCAAGACAGCUCAUCUACAAAAACCACACCAUCAUAUGCCGCAAUCCGCAAGGCAUUUCGACUUAUUGUCGAUGAUGUAAACGAGCACCAGCCCAAUGAUAUGUCGUAUGUGUAUUCAGGAUAUGCGCCGCUAAGUGUACGAUUGGUGCAGGCCGCGUGUCAGAAAUAUGUGGGUCCUGUUUCGGAUGGGAAGAAUGUUGUGGGGAGUCAGAAUGUGUCGUGGAAGGGAUGGGAGGAGGCGCUUAAGCUGGUGCCUGGAGCUACUGUUGAGGAGGUGCAGACUGUUGGGGAUGGUGGUAGUAGUGGGGGAUUGGGUGGGAGUGUUUCGAAGAAAAGUCGAGGUAAUACUAGAUUGACUCUGGUCGUCUUUCUCGGAGGAUGCACGUUUACUGAAAUAAGUGCAUUGAGGUUCUUGGGACAGCAGUUAGAAGGUCAACGAGAAUUCGUGAUACUGACUUCCAAUAUCAUAAAUGGAAGCUCGUUGCUCAAGGGUAUGGUUGAUGUGGAUGCUCGUGUGCCACUUGGUACGUUAUAG